AUGCCUCGUCCGAGGCAUAAUACGACCUCUUUACCGAGAGGACUGCGUACAGAACUAGGAAUCAAGGAUCAUUACGGUGAGAAGAAGAAUAGGCGGAACGAACAGGUCUCGAGGAAAGAUCGCCGUCGAGAAGAGCGCGUGGGAAAGAAGAAAGGAGGGCCGGUUCCCAAGAAGAGUGGUGGCCGGAAAUUCAACGAUGAGGACGACGACGAUGACCUGGGCGAUUUCGACGAGGGUUCCGACUUCGAUGUGGAUUUGGAUGAAUCUGAUGACAACAACAUUCCCCCGCCGUCUAAGUCCAAGCCAGCGAAAGAAAAGGAGAGCAAGCUGAAGGCGACCCUCAAGAAAACUAAGACGGGCCAGGUGUCCGAUUCGGGAAGCGAUGACGACGACGACGACGACGAAGCAGCAGCAGAAGCCUCGCGGAAACACAUAUCCAAAACUGUUAAAGAAAAGUUGGACCAGGAUGACGCUGAGAUUGCCGCGCUAGAGAAGAAACUGGGACUGAAAAAGGGAAAGAAACUGUCAAAGGCCUUUGCGGAGGAUGGACUGGAUGAGCUGCUGGGUGAAUUGGAUGAUGACGCAUCGGCAGACGAGGGUCGGAAACGCAAGCGGGAGGCAGAUGAGUGGCUACGUAAUAAAAGGAGAAAGGCGCAGGGUCUGGAGCCUGAGAGUGAAUCGGAGGAGUCUGGGAGUGAUCUAGGAAGCGAUGAGGAUAUGGAAGAUUUCGACGAUGAUGAGGACUUGGAUGGGCUGGACGGAGACGAGGACGAGGACGAGGAUGAGGACAAGCCUGAGCCCAAGAAACGAGAGAACCCAUAUGUUGCUCCAGCACCAGCAGCGAGUGAGGAUCGCCCGGCGAAAUAUAUCCCACCGUCGUUACGCGCAAAGUCCAAUUCUGAGUCUGAAUCCCUCACCCGUCUAAGGAGACAGGCGCAGGGUCACCUAAACAAGUUAUCCGAAGCCAACCUUGUUUCCAUCCUGGCUGAAUUUGAGAAGCUAUACCGCGAAUACCCUCGUCAAAAUGUGACUUCGACAUUAAUUUCCCUACUCUUUGGACUGAUUUGUGAGAGGUCUGCUCUCCAAGAUACGUUCAUCGUCCUCCAUGCUGGCUUUAUUGCGGCUGUUUAUAAGGUGAUGGGAAUGGACUUUGGCGCGGAAAUUAUACAAAAGAUAGUCGAGACAUUCGACGCUGGAGGUGACGAACGAGGCAAAUUUGAAGGAAAAGAGACCAUCAACUUGAUUUCGCUUCUGACCCAGUUGUACAACUUUCACGUCAUCGGAAGCACCCUGGUAUUUGACUAUAUCCGACUAUUCCUGCAGGAUAUCAACGAGGAGAAUACAGAACUGCUCCUCAAGGUCAUCAGAAACUCCGGACCCCAGCUUCGCCAAGAUGACCCUUCAUCCCUGAAGGACAUUGUUCUACUCAUUCAACCGGCCGUAGCAAAAGCGGGUGAAGCGUCAUUAUCCGUACGUACGAAAUUCAUGGUCGAAACCAUCACCGAUCUCAAGAACAACCGCAUUAAAGCUGGAGCCGGCUCCAGCGUCACCUCUGAGCACAUUACCAAGAUGCGAAAGAUUCUCGGCUCCUUGAACAACUCCCGGGUCAUCCGUGCGUCCGAACCCAUCAGCAUAUCGCGGGACGAUAUCCAUAACUCUUCGAAGAAGGGCAAAUGGUGGCUCGUCGGCGCCAGCUGGAAAGAAGAUCCUCUUGAAUCUGCCCGCCAGGAACUCUCCAACCUCCCUUUGAACAGCAAAAACCCCGCCGCUCCAGUCGACGAUAGUGACGGCGAGCCCGACCUUGCAUCCAUCGCCAAAGCCCACCGCAUGAACACUGACGUGCGUCGCUCCAUCUUCGUGGCCAUCAUGUCCGCCACAGAUUACCAAGACGCCCACGUGCGCCUCCUUAAGCUCCGCCUCAAACGAGCCCAGGAAUUCGAGAUCCCACGCGUCCUCACCCACUGCGCCAUGGAGGAAGACGUGUACAACCCUUACUACACACUAAUCGCCCGGCGCCUCUGCGGCGAGCUCGGCCGGCGCAUCAAAGUCUCCUUCAUGUUUACGCUGUGGAACACCUUCAAAAGAAUGGGUGAAACCGGCGACCUAGACGACGAUAACGAUGACGACGACGACGACGGCGGCUUCAACAACGACAGCGAAGAUAGCCAAAACUCGCUUGCCAUGAAAGCAAUCGUCAACCUCGCCAAGAUGUACGCCUCCCUCAUCGCCGACGGAACACUCACCCUGGGCAUCCUGAAAACUCUCAACUUCGCCUACCUCCAGCCGAAAACCAAGACCUUUGUCGAACUCCUCAUGAUCAGCAUCAUCCAGCAAUCUCAGCAGAAACAGAUGAAGAAAUCUAAAUCCAAGCGUAAGGCCGAGGACGAAGAUUCCACUCGGGACGAGAAAGCCCUCGUGGAUGUCUUCAUGCGGACACGCGAGACCCCGCAGAUCGUCAAGGGAUGCAUAUACUUUAUUCGUAAGGUUGUUGCGAAGACGGAUGUCGUGGCUUCAGAAAAGGACCUGAAGUUGGUGAAAUGGGGAUGCCGGGUGGCCGUGGAUGCUUUGAAGGUUGUGGAGAGUGAGGGUGCUGGGUUUUGA